ACUAUUUAGCAAUGUAAUAUUUUACAUCAUAUUUUGACAAAAAGAAUACAUGUACGUUAAGUUUGCACGGAGAAUAAAAAUGUUAUUUUUAUGUGGCAUCAUUCUAGAGUUGACUUUUUUUUUUUAAAUCAUACAGCAUAUAUAAUGAAUUAAUAAACAACUCAUUUGCGUAAAGGAGCCCGUAGCACACGAACAGAUUGAACUUGUGAGAAGAAUACAAAUGGAAGGACUCUAUGGACAUUUAUUAACAGAACACAAAGGACCCUCCUCUCACUUUUCACAGCGCCUGGUCUCUAUAGCAACUGAAACACACACAAAAACAUCAUGGCGCAGCGUUCUUGUGUAGAGCAGGUCGCCUAACAGCUCUGACCUGUGCCUGAGGAAAUGGAUAAGUACAAGAAGGUGAUGUGUUUGGGCAGGGGGGCAUCGGGAGAAGUUUUCCUGAUGAGAAACGCUGAGUCAGAGAGGUUGCACGCAGUGAAGAGGAUCAAAUUGGAGAGCAAAAGAGCACACAGCGCAGUUCUUCAAGAGGCCGAGAUAAUUCGGAAGUUAAAGCAACCUCACGUAGUGAACUGCAGCGACGUGUUCGUGAGCCCUGAUGACGGCUUUAUUUACAUUGUGAUGGACUACUGCGAUGGCGGGACAUUAGAUGACAGAGUCCAAGAGAGGAAACCAAGCGACUUCUUCACGGAGAGCAUCGUCAUGGGAUGGUUUGUGCAGGUCGCCCUGGCUGUGAGUUACAUACACAAAGCUAAAAUACUUCACAGGGAUAUCAAAACCUCAAAUGUUUUACUAACUAAACAAGGAAUUGUAAAGUUAGGUGACUUUGGGGUAUCCAGAGUGAUGUCAAGCACAGCUGACAUGGCCUCUACAUGUAUUGGAACGCCCUGCUACCUGAGCCCGGAACUGUGCCAGGAUGUGCCUUACAGCUCCAAGUCUGACAUCUGGGCUCUGGGCUGCCUGCUCUAUGAGAUCUGUGCUCUCACGCCUCCAUUUGCAGCCUCCAACCUCCUCAGUCUCUUUUACAAGAUCACCAAAGGACAGUACGAGCCGGUGCCUGAAUUCUACUCCCAAAGUAUCUCCUCUUUAAUCCAAAAAAUGCUGUGCAUUGAACCGGAAAACAGACUGAGCGCUGCCAAUAUUGUUGACAGCGCCUUUGUGCAAGAUCACUUACGACAUAUUCAGUGUCACGACACAAUGUACGAGGAGUGCCUUGUCCAGGAUGAU